UCCCCUUCACCUUAUAAAUGCACACAUUUCAUCACCCUCAGCACCUUAUUUGAGCCUGUUUCGCCAAUUUCUUAUAUAUACAAAUCCAGAGCAUUGUGUUUUGAUAAACAUCCCAAUAAAUUUAAUGUCCAGAUAUUUCGCAAAGAAGAGUAUUUCACACGAAUGUCCAUCCACCCACUCACUAAUCCUUUUAUAAUAUUCCCCACACGCAUGUUCAAAUGUCAUUCAUUCCACUCUUGACCAUUUUACGCUAAUCAUCUCAUUUUAUUUUAUUUUUCAUACAAGAAUGCUUCUCCGCCUCUCGAUCCUCUUAACCCUGACGAUCGUGCUGUUGAUAAAAGUAGACGACUGUGAUUCGAUAUAUGCUUACGCAAUAAAAGGAAUAGUAAAAGACGUGAGAUUGCGCCCAACAAAGUUCAUCGGUGGGUGGUUCUUCAAAAAAGCGUUUAUUCUUAAGAAAUUAAAGCUGAAAUGGAAACUCAAGAAGAAAUUAAUCCUCAAGAAAUUGCUGAAAAAGCUGCUACUCAUUGGUGGUGGAGUGGCGAUAGGGAAGCUGAAGGGAGGAGUCAAGAUAAUUGCCCCCAAAAUAAUUCUACCAUUUCCACCACCACGUUUUGCACAUGGAUGGGGCCCACUCGCUUUUUGGACGCAUGCAAAUAUUAACCAUUUUCGCCGCCGUCGCCGCCGCGCCGUCCUCUUCCCAGACGACAAACAACCCUCUGAUCAAUACCAUUCUCACCCCACCUCCCACCACUCUUCAUCGUCACAUUCCUCAUCCUUCCAUCCCACCACGGGUGAAGACUAUUUCCAGCGAUAUCAAAUUAGUUCAUUAGGAUUGAGUUCAACCGAUUUGGAGCAAUUGCGUGCGUUGCCGGACUCUUUAAAGAAUGAGUACGGUCAUGAAAUGGAGGUGUUGGAGGCCUCCGCAUCCGAGCCAAAAGAGGAAGAAAUCCAAGAUUAUCUCAGCGUUGCGAGUGAGUUUGAUAAUCGUGGGUGCAUACCGAAAAGUAUUUGCGAAAUCAUGUCAAGAGGAAAUCAGACGACAAAUCUCUUUGAAAAUCAGAUUCUAGAAUAUUACAGUGACGACUCGUUAUUGGAAAGACGAGGAGUAAACAGUCCGACUCACAUUUACGACUAUGCAGCCAAUUUGGGAAAGACGUCGAGAGGAGACGUGAGGCUUUGUGCUCAGCACUUUUCAACCUGUGCAGACCCUCCACAAGCACUCAACGAAUUCAUGAAUGAAGUCUUCACUCCGGAAAUGUGCGACUUUUCUGCCAAUCAUAAGUUAUCGUUGAGUUAAUUUGUUAUAAAUUCCUGGCCAGUCAUCGAAUAAACGUCACUAAGACGAUCGAAAAUGAUAUGACGUUUCACAAUUUUUUAUUUUUUGUCCCAGAUAAAUAAACAAAUAACACACAAAAAAUAAACUCACUACCAAAACCCCCACCGAUUAAAAGUCUGUUAAAAAAUGCAAAGCACAUCCAAAACAUCCCUUCAAUUAUUCGGUCCACGUGACCAAUUCCUAUCCCGACACUCCAGCAACGACCCUCUGGAAGAGUACAUUCUCCGAGAAAGUAAACGAGACUCUCAUGGAUCGGAUUCCUCAAGUCUGCUACUUCGCCUUCCGAGAAAAGUAUGCUUUUUUCACUCUGCAAAUUUCUGGUAUUUAUUUUAACACUUAAAAAAAUCUAUCCAAAACAGUUACGAUUGGAAAUAUGGAAAAGGGUAAACACACAUAAAUCUUACUAAAAACGCUGUGAAUUUCCCCAAAAAAAAACUCAUCCCACUUCCACUCAGGUCCACUACAAACACUAUCGCGAACUCCGCUCAACUUGUAAAUUAAUAUCCACCGAUAUCGAUUAUCAUCUCGGGAUAAGCGCACUGAUAGACGAGCGAGAACGAGAGUUUGAUGAUCAUUUUGAAUCCCUAGCAAUUCGACAUGCCACGAUUUUAAACUUGUCCAGUCAGAGAAUAAUAGCGCAUCUCCUUCAUCCCGAAUUAUUACUAGAACUCACAAUAAAAGGAUCAAUCUCAUCAAUUUAUUUCAAUUAUUUUAUGGAAUCAUGCGGAAAUAUUUCAAGAUUAACAAUUAAUUUCAACAAAUUUCUAUUUAAAUCAAGACCACAAUUUUUCCCACAAGGAUCAAAAUCCGUUUUACAAAACUUGAAAACCUUGAAAAUCACAUCCCACACGAAAAAAGAAAAGGAAUUGAUUUACGUUUGUGAGAAUUUGGUCUUUCUGAUCGAUGCCUUAGCUCAAAAUCGGAUGAAAAUGGUAGAACUCAAUUUCAACUUGAGUAACAAAGGACCUUCGAGAUAUUUGGAUUUAAUAAUUCUUCACGCGUUGAUGUUGGCGCAUAAAAAUUGUGAAACCCUCUCGGAACUUCACAUUCAAGGCAGGGAGACUUAUUUCGGCGGAAGUGCGAAUGAAGAUGCGAAUGAAGAGGAUACAUCUUCUUCUGGAGGGACGCGUCGGGCAACGGAAAUGGUCAAAUCCAAAAAAAGCAUCGCCGCUGCCACGGAAUCCUCAUCCUCAUCAUCGUCUUUCACAAAUUUCAAAUCGGACAGGAAAAAUUCGGCCACUUUAGAAUCGACAGAGAAAUAUUUAUCCAGGUGUAAAUGGCCAAUGUUUCCUCAUUUGAAGACGACGGUGAUAACUUUAUCGAGCCAUUUAUUUACUUAUGUCCAAGAAAUGAUGACCCGUGUGGAUAACGUUCGUCAUCUCAAACUAGAAGUGUGCAGCGGAGUAAUGCUAAAUUGUUGGAUGACGUUUGAAAGCAUUAUCCAAACGACGAGCCACACCUUGUGCGUCAUAAAACUGCAUAACAUUGCAUUUGAAGAUUAUUUAAACACCUCGUUGGACUUAGAUUUCAACAUUUUCAAAUCCUGUUUUCCACUCCAACAUUUACACGUGUCAGGGAUCAAAAGGGAAAAUCGCCAUUUACCGAAAAUCAAGAACAUUACAGAUUUACCCAAAAAUUUAUCCCACAUUGAACUCUCGUGGAUGACUCUGAACACGUGGCAAUGGUUUCGACUAUUGAGAAAAUACAAGAAACUGAAUUCAGUAACUGUAUCGUAUGCGAGUGCGAGUGAAAAAUCAUUUGGAUAUUUUCUAUUCGUCCUUCGAUGGCUGAUUUUAUUGAAAAUGACCAAGGUUUCGAUUUUAAGGAUGACUGAUUUUAAGAUCAAAUUUAGGAAUAAAAGAACCGCACUGAAGAAAUUAAGGAACGCCGUUUCAGUUCAAAUCCAAUAUUUGGACAGAGAAGAAACGCUGUUGCUUUUGGAUCGUGGGGAAGAAAAAACGAGUUUGCAUUCCAUUCCAUCAAUUGACAGUGGGGAGUGAGUUUAUUUUUUUAAUGAAUGAUGACUUUAUUAAUAAACAAUAGACAAUGGAUUUUGAAAGAAGGACGAUUAUAAAUUAAUUAUUUCAAGGUUAUUAAUUUAUCAAUUUAAUUAAGUAAUUUAAUAAAGAAUGCAAUGGGAAUUGUCUAACAGAAAUGAUGUCCUCUUUUUUUGUGUAUUCAAUUUUAAUACUUUUCGUGGUAAUUUUAGUAGACUUUUCAGAUACCAUUAUUUCAGUACGUGGCAAAAAUGGAGAAAAAACGCCCUACACCAACUGCAAAGGAAAGACCAAUCAAAAUUUGACGCAUCCAAACAAUUGUACGAAAUACUUGACAUGCAAAAAAGGCGAAGCGUUUGAAUGGAGUUGUCCGUCUUGUCCCUACAAAAACUGUUCUUCUGGAAUGCUGUUCCAUUUUAACGAAAAAACAAAUGCGUGCGAUUGGCCAGAGAGGGUUGAGUGCAAAUUGAAUAAAUUGGAAGGAGCCGUGAAAGUGGAAAGAAAAGGAAGAAAAGUACAAACAAUUAGGAUUAAAAAGGGAUCAUACUAUCCGACCUAUGCUCCAAUUAAGCCAACCCCACGAAUUGAUCCGACGGAGCCUACUUCUCCAUUUACCACUCCUUUUUCGACGACGGAAUUUACGACGACGCCACUCAGCACGAAUUCCACUGAUGACCCAACUGACAACCCAUGCAAUUCAGUAACAACGACGUCCACGGACUGUGAUUACGAGACUACGGAACCGUACGACACGACCACCACUGAAGAGACCCCAACCCAAUCUGAGGAGACGCCAACAACCGACGGUGAUGAGGAGACCACUACUCCAAUAAAUAUUCAGACAACUGAAGACACCUCGAUAACAGAUGACACGGAAAACCCUCUACCGCCCGAUGGGACGACCACAUCCUCCCCGAUUGCUGAAGAUUGUGACCCCGAGACCUGUAAAUUAGAAGGCUAUUGUAGAACUUAUAAAAAGUGCAACUUGACCACCCGAAAGUGGACUCUGCAUAAAUGUGGAAUAGGUUUGUUUUGGAAUUCAGAGUGGAAUUUUGCAGAGAUUGGUGGCAGUUGUGAUCAGUGGGAUAAUUUGAGCACGGAAUUACAGGGAAAAUAUCGUGCUGAUCUGGAUUGUUUUCCCAUCGAUUGUUUUUUUGAAGGCAAAGAUCAAUGUUCAGGAUCUUAUGUGUUUCAUCCAAAUGGAACGGAUCUUCGGUUUCGAAUCGAAUUAAAAUGCCCACCCGACUUAAUUUGGGAUGACGAACAGAAAACUUGUAAUUUUUGCGAAAAUGUCAAAAAUUCUUUAACUUUGGAAUUGUGCAAAUGUUGAGAUUUUUUUUAAAGAUUUUUUUAUGUGUAAUAAAAUACGUUUUACGAAUAUUGUCGUUGGACAUAACACCAUUUUUAUCGUUACAACUUUUAACGGCCCUUUUAACAGAAUUUUUUUGGAGUAAUAUUUUUAACUGCAAUAAAGAUACGACUAUCGUCAUCAUUUGCGUUAAUGGUUACU